CAUUAGAAAAUAGGUCAAGAAUUAUAGGAUUUCUAGAAAAUUCACAAUAUCAGUACCCAUAUUGGAAACGUAAAAAUUCAAAUAGAGGAGUGGCAUUCUGGUAUUUUAACCAUCUUCUUUUGAUCCAUCAUGUCAAUAAUGGACCCAACGAUGAGAAACUGAUCUCAUGUGAAAGUCAAUGCUUGCAAAAUAAAUAAUAGUUUUCACACAUUCAUUUCUUUGAAACAGUUUUCCUUAAAAACCAGUCAAUAUUUGCAUUCUUUCUGAAAUCUCCUUUGCUUCAAUCUUGUUGAGCAUCUAGCUUUCUAAUCAAACAUAAUUCUGCCAUGGAAGUUGCAACCUCCAUCUUGGGUUCAAUAGUGGCAGAAACAGGAAGAUUGUUUUGCGGUUCUAUAUAUUCAAAGAUCAAAAGAACCGUCAAAUUCCACAAGGAUCUUGAUGAAUUGGUGAAGAAGCUGAAAAGUCUGAUCGAUCUUGGAGACGAUGUCAAGCUUCGAUUGGUAUCAGCUGAGAACCAAGGAAGAACACCUACAUGUAAAGUGAAAGAGUGGCUUAGAAAGGUAGAAAAUGUUGUGCUCAAGGUGAAGUCAAUGCAAGCAGAUAUAGAAGUCAAUGACAAAAAGAAGAAACUCGGUCGUCUCUUUUGCUACAAUCCGCGGAUCAGACAUAGCAAGAAAGUGGCAAGAUGCAUCAAAGAGGUAGAAACUCUGCUAAAAGCCGGCAGCUUCACAGAUAGCAUGGUUUCUUUCAACCAUCCAGCAGCAGCAGUUGAGCACAUUCCUGGACCUUCAAUUGAAGAUCAAACAACAGCGUCGAGAACUUUAGCCGAGCUCUUGAAGAUAUUGCAGGAUGACAGGUUUCUUAGAAUAGGUGUAUGGGGCAUGGGGGGAGUAGGUAAAACUACACUUGUAAAGAGUUUGAACAACAAGCUCAAGAGUUCUUUCCAAAUGCAACCUUUCAGUUCUGUCAUUUGGGCAACGGUGUCCAAGGAGUUCAACAUGAAAAGGGUCCAGAAGCAAAUAGCUGAGAGACUGAAUUUGGAGGUGAAUGUGGAAGAAAGCAUGGAGAGAACAGCUAGUCGGUUGUAUCAAAGGCUGGAGAAGGAGGAAAAAUUUCUUCUCAUUCUAGAUGAUGUUUGGGAGAAAAUUGAUUUGGACUGCUUGGGUGUCCCUCAGCCUGAAGAUCAUAAUGGUUCUAAAAUCAUAUUGACAUCUCGGUUUUCAGAAGUAUGCAGGGAGAUGAUGACUGAUGUCGAAGUUAGAAUGAAUAUCCUCACUGAUGAAGAAUCUUGGAAAUUGUUUUGUCGAAAUGCAGGGGAGGUCGCAAGUUCAGAACAGAUUAAACCAUUGGCAGAAGCUGUUGCUCGAGAAUGUGGUGGAUUGCCUUUGGCUAUCAUCACCAUGGGAAGUGCAAUGAGGGGAAAGACAAAGGUUGAGCUGUGGCAACACGCCUUGAGUGAGUUGCGAAGCUCGGUUCCUUGCAUAGGAAGCAUAAAGAAUAAGGUUUAUAACCCAUUGAAAUGGAGCUAUGACUCACUAGAAGGCGAAGGUUUGAUAGAUGAACAGAAUAACUUCGAGAAUUCAGUUAACAAGGGAAUAGCUUGGAUAGAAAUUCUAAAGGAUUCUUGUUUAUUAGAAGAUGGUGGUUGGGAGGGAACUGUGAAGAUGCACGAUAUAGUUCGCGAUGUUGCUAUAUGGAUUGCAUCAUCAAUGGAGGAUGAAUGUAAAUCCUUAGUUCAAUCAGGGAUUGGUUUGAGUGAGAUUUCAGGGGUACAGUUAUCAGAUUCUCUCAAAAGAAUUUCAUUCAUGAAUAACAAGAUAAAUAAGCUACCUGAUUGUGAAAUCCAAUGUUCAAAGGCCUCAACUUUACUACUCCAAUGUAACCUGCCACUUGACAAAGUCCCUGAAAGAUUCCUACAAGGAUUUCUGUCGCUUAGAGUCUUAAAUCUAAGUGGAACCCGCAUCCAAGCAUUGCCUCAUACCCUUUUUCAACUGAGUGACCUUCGUGCUCUUCUCCUCGCAGAUUGCUUCUUUCUUGAGGAGUUACCUCCACUUGGAUCCCUUGGCAGACUUCAGGUGCUUGAUCUUUCUGCCACUCGUAUCAAAGAAUUAUCUGAAGAAAUGGAACACUUGAUCAACUUAAGGCAUUUGAAUCUAUCCCGCACUCACUAUCUGAAGAAAAUUCAAGCUGGAAUGGUGUCUAGAUGGGCUUCUUUAGAGGUUCUAGAUAUGACACUCAGUACUUACCAUUGGGGUACAGCAGGAGAGGUUGAAGAGGGACAAGCAACUUUCGAAGAGCUUGGAUGUCUGAAGCGGUUAUUUGCAUUGUCCAUUAGAUUGAAGAGCAUCCCAUGUCUACGGCCUGAAGACCUAACAUGGAUAGGCAGAUUAAGAAAAUUUCAAUACUUUAUUGGUCAAACGGCAAAUUCCUUGCCAAGUAAACAUGAUGAAAGGAGGGUGACUAUCAGCGGGCUUAAUCUUUCAGAAGAAGGGAUUGGGCGGUUAUUGAUCAAUGCAAGUUCUCUAGUCAUGAAUGGCUGUUGGGGACUGAAUCAAUUGCUUGAAGACUUGGCCAUAAACAGUGCUAAUGAAUUUGCUGAAUUAAACAGUUUCAAUACUUUUGUGAGUCUAAAAUCACUCACUAUCACAAGUUCUAACAGCAGUUUCAGGCCACGAGGAGGAUGUGCUGCCCCAUAUGACUUACUACCGCAUUUAGAGGAAAUUCAUCUUCGUGGCCUAACUUACCUGGAAAGCAUUUCAGAAUUGGUUGGCCAUCUUGGGCUUCUAUUUUCUAGGCUAAAGUUGAUUGAAGUGGCAAGGUGUCCCAAGAUCAAAUCUCUUCUUUCUUAUGGGAAUUUUAUUCUCACCCUCCCAAAUCUGGAAGUAAUCAAGAUAAGGUUUUGCGAAAAGUUAGAGGAGCUAUUUAAUUAUGCUUCUGAACAAACUUUUAGUGUAGAUCCUAUAGUUCCUAACCUCCAGAUAUUGGAAUUGAACAACCUCCCCAAGCUAAGAACUCUAAUUUCCAGACCACAAGAAUCAUGUCCACGACUAGAGCACAUCGAUGUUAUCAAGUGUAAUCUCCUUAGGAAGCUACCUCUUACUAUCGAAAAUGUAAAUAUCAUUAAGGAGAUAAGAGGAGAAUUGCAAUGGUGGAACACAUUGGAUUGGGAUAAUGACAAUACUAAGUCAUCUCUGCAGCAUUAUUUCAAACCAGCUGACCCUAAGAAAACUACUGCUGGAAGUGUUUGAAGGAGGAAAAAAUUCCAGUCCAUCUAUCUACGAUAUACACUGUGAAAAGGAAAGCAAUUAAAUUGUUGGUGGAAAAGGUACUAAAGCUUGCAAGAGUGAUGAUGAUUCCCACCUCCAACUCUGCUUUGCAGGCACUCCAUGAACUGUAAAGUACUCAUAUGGCCUUCAAUGUUAGUUUUACUGCCUAGGAGUUUUGGCUUCCUAUCUUCCUCUGCUACAUGCAGAAUUACCAUUUUUGUUUUUUCUCUUUCCCUUUUGCAUUUUCCUUCACAACUCACAUGUAGCUUUUCUCCUUUUUUUUUUUUUUUUUUUUUUUUUUUUUGUGCGUGUGUGUGCGCGUUUAACCUUAUUAGUUUUCAUAUAUAUAAGUUUGUUUCCUUAAGAUUUCUUCAUGGUUCUUAAUGAAUUUCUGACUUUUACUGUAUAUAACUUUGAAUACAAGAAGGGGUUAUGUUUACUUAUUGAGGCAAUUUUGUUUACUGCUUACUUAUACUAUGUUUUUAAAAGCAUGAGAUGUACCUUUCUGUCUAAUUUAGUAAUUAAACUAGCUGAUACUUCUUAUAUAAGACCAAAAAGAAAGUUUUAAAGAAUUUAUUCAUGUUGGGAAAGUAACAUUAUUGUGGACUAAUGCUAACAAAAAGCCCACCAAAAAUGUCAAUCCAAUUGUCACAGCUCACAACUGAGGAGGAUGGCUGUUGUAACAAAACGCCUACAACAUAUUUAUAUAUAUAUAUAUAUAUAUAUAUAAUUUGGCUGAAAAAUUCAAUUUAUGGUCAGCUUCAGUUGAUGAAGAAAUUAAAUGUGUAAAAAAUUUGAUUUUUAUUUCACGUAAGAAGGAUACAAUAGAAUAUUUUCAACUUCAGAAAAUGGAAAUGAAAGGAAGUGGCAUUCUGGUAUCUAACCAUAUUACUAUCCGAUUAGUUAUAGCAAAAUAAUUAAUAACAAUUGAAGUUUGAUCGACAAUUCAAGAUCUAUAGAAUUAAAUUAAGUCAAAUUUUGCAGGCUAGUAGUAGUGCUCUUGAAUGAUCUCUCAUCAUAAAAUAAGAUUUUGAACAUAAACCAAAACACAUAUGAAUUUCAUAUGUUACUAUCAUCAUCAUUGAUGUUUGGGACAACUAAACAAGUUAUCCCCUUAACUUUGUUAACCAAUGUCACACUUUAUCCAUGCAUACUGCAAAUUUAGCCCCUCCAUAAUAUUUACCUUAAAAAAAAGCCCUAAGAAAUUUAAUUCAACCCUUUUUUUUUUUUUAAUUCACCAAUAAGUGAUAUAUAAAUUAUAUAGGAAACAUAUAUUUAAUCAGACCAUUUCCUAAAGGCAAAUUGUAAAAAAUAUAAUGAAAUAUUUUAUUAUGUAGGCUACCAAAUUGAAUCUUUUAUGGUCCUUCAUAAAUGUACCAACUUAAUAAGAUAACUUUUGUAGCUACUAUUCCUUAACCUUUUCAUUGAAAACUAUUUAGUUUCAUGCGUCUAAAUUUUAACCUAAAACUUACAAUUAGACAAAAUAAUUUUUAACAGAUAGAAGGACUGCUAGAAGAUUGCAGCUUCACAAGUAGCACAAUAUCUGUAAACUAUCCAACAGUAGCAGUUGAGCACGUACCUGGACCUUUAAUAGAAGAUCAAACAUCACCAUUUGAAACUUCAACCAAACUUAUGAAGAUAUUGGUUGAUGGAAAGUUGCAUAGAAAUGCUACUUGGGGCAUGUCAGGAACUUUAAAGGAUUUGUUGUAUAUUAGAAGAGGUUGGUCGUAAGGCAAAUGCAAAGAUGCAUGAUGAUGUAGUUCAUGAUGUUGCCAUAUGGGAUUGCAUCAUCAUUGCAUGAUGAAUACAAAUUGUUGGUUUGGUCUGGGAUUGGCUUGAGUGAGAUUUCAGGGGUAGAGUUAUCGAAUUCUCUCAAGAGAGUUUCUUUCAUUAACAACGAGAUCAAUGAGGUACCUACUUGUGAAAUGCAAUGUUCAAAGGCUUCAACCUUACCACUAGGGGGUAACUUUCCACUUGACAAAGUACCUUAAAGAUUCCUGCAAGGAUUUAUACCACUCAGGGUCUUAAAUUUAAGUGGAACUAGAAUCCAAUCAUUGCCUCAUUCCCUUCUUCAACUUAGCAGCCUUCGUGCUCUUCUCCUCGGAAAUUGCUUCUUUCUGGAGGAGUUACCUCCAAUAGGAGCGCUUAGCAGACUUACAGUUACUUGAUCUUUCUGCCACAAGCAUCAGAGAAUUACCUAAAGAAAUGGAAAAAGUUGAUCAACUUGAGGCAAUUAAAGUCGAAAAGUGUAACAACACGGCAUGUCUUCUUGUGAAAUGUUACCUAAGCUGUUCCAAGUAUAAUAAUGUUUCAGUAGGAGGG